UUGCACGAUGAAAUAAGCUACCUGUACUGUCCCAAUGCAACAAUUUGCGAUUAAUACUAAAGGUCACUCUUAAUUCCUUUUUAAAUUAGAGAUUUAUCAAUGGAACUAUUUUAAAAUAGUGUAGAGAUAGUGGAACAUAGGCAUAUAACAUAGGAAGUGUAUCCAAAUCUGUCCGCUGUAAAUGACGAGACACGUUUUUCAAGAUAACGUUUGACCUCCAUUGACAGAGAAUUAAAAAUGUUCCUCUUUAGAAAUGUCGAAAAAUUGUUCAUAAUAGUCUGGUUCAUCGUCCUUUUUAUAAAUGUACUUCCGGUAGCGUCGGAAAGCAUUGUCUGUCUUCAAUGUGAUAAUCUGCCUCACCCCUGGGACUGUGACAGGGUCGUGACAUGUAACUCACAUGAGUCGUGUUAUGUUGAACAAGUUGUUACGGUAUCGGGAGUUAUUGUCUAUAAUUCAGGGUGUUCAUCAGAACAGAAAUGCCGAACAGGCGCAAGUUUAUCAGGGAAAAGAAGUUCAGUUUUGUAUACAAAAGAUGUUAAUGAGCAAAUUGGCAGUUUUGGCGAUGUAACAAACAUGCACGAUAAUCCCGUGCACGAAAAUCCAGUCGAUGAAGUAAGCGUGUAUGAGACAGCUGAAGCGGAUCUGACGACCUGUUACAAGUGUUGUAAUAAUUCUAGAUACUGCAACAGAAACCUUUGUGACAACUCUGUGCAACCUCCGCAUACUAAUCAGACAUAUUGUUUGAGUUGCCCGGAUGUUGUUCAGCCGUCUGACUGCGAAUAUUUAGUGUUGUGUAAUCCAGGGGAGCUUUGCUAUACAGAGUUUAUCAACUUGAAUGGGGAAGAUCGAUACAGAAUGGGUUGUGUAUCCAAUACGGCAUGUUCAAAAACACCAGUGUCAAACUCGGGACCUGCUUUGGUCGGUAAGAAGCGUUUUGUCAUGGACACAACUGGAAUGGAUAAAUAUUGUAGCAAGUGCUGUAGUGAUGACGUCGGAAACUGCAAUAGAGAAUUGUGUGAUAAAUCUGGAGUUAUCCCUCCAGGCAUCGAGGUAUCGGAGUUAGUCAAUCCCCCGGAAAGAAAGGACUUCUGCACAGACCUGUUCCCCGAUGCAUGUCCUCUGCUUAUUAUCCAAAACACUGAUUUAUGCAAAGAACCUCGAUACUCGCAUUACGCCUGUAGAGAAUUCUGUGGAACAUGUAUUAACCCAGGCCACGUGACAGCAAGACCGUCUUCCACACAAGCUGGCAGCUCAGGUAUAUCAGUGCCGACGCCAACUAAAGUGACAACACCUCAAGCUCAAUCAACAGAUUGUUUCUACGAUAGCACAAAGUACAUGGGUUCUUUCGCUACCACUGUUACUGGUAAAGCAUGUAAGAAUUGGGUUGACCUAGACCCGAGUCUCCAAGGUUUCCCAGACAUCUCUAUCACUGUUGCCGGGAACAAGUGCCGGGACCUGGACGGUCGUGGUUUCCCAUGGUGUUUUACAUCGAAUAGUUUUGACUGGGAAUUUUGUCCAGUUCCAUAUUGCCAAGAAUGUUUUUAUCCGAGCCAGAGUGUACAGUACGCAGGGUACGUUGCUAUUGAUAAAGAUAACGACACGUGCUCGUCAUGGACAGACUAUGUAGCUCAAACCGGAGAUACUCUCGUCAAAUUUCCGAACGAUUCUGUAGCAGAUGCUAAAAACUAUUGCCGUGACCCGAAAAAGUCCGGUACACCACAGUGUUAUGUCAAUGGUGUGCUGCAAAAUUGUGAUGUACCGCAGUGCACGCAUGACUGUAGGGAUGAUCCGGAGACAAACUGUGCUUUAGUUCAGCAGUAUGUGUGCAAGUACGAAUAUACUAGCGCCACCUUGUGUCCCAAAACAUGUAAUAUGUGCAAAUUUGGACUACUUCCCCCUAAAAGUGUGGAUCCUCCUGCAGACAUUUGCGUUGACAACCCGGAUGCAAACUGCGCCAUACUUCAAUCUAUUAUAUGUGCUGACACUGAUGGCGCGCUAAAACUUUGCCCCAAAACCUGCCAGUUAUGCAGUUUACUGUAUAGUCGUACAACUGUUGGUCCUGCCACCUCUACAGUACAAACAAUAACUUCUCCUAUACAAACAACGCAGACGACAGUUCAAACUACAAUGACGUCACCAAUGAUGACAUCAAGAAUGACGUCACCAAUGACAUCUGCUGCAACAACAUCAACACCGUCAACCACGACACCGCCUUCCACGACUCCAACGACUACGACGCCAACAACCACACCUUCACCUUACUGGUUACCAUGGGGUGCUUGGGAAUGCAAGGAACAGAGCGGAUCCUGCUUUCAGAAGCGCUUAAGGAACUGUUCAACGGGAUUAGAGCAAGAUUGUAAAAACAGUCAAGGUGGAAUAGGGUAUAACGUUGGACUCUGUACGGAAGUUUCAUGUCCCGAAUUUUUCACAACUACCACGACGAUAUCUACGACAACACAAGAUCCCUGUCAGGAUGACCCGACAUCAGUUGGCUGUGGAGACAAGGACAUUUUGACGGAAGUUUGUAAAGAAAAAUCAGCGGCAUGGAGCCUCUGUCGAAGAUCAUGCGGACUGUGUGACACUUGUUGGGACUAUCUUAACUGUUCCACACCAGGAGCACAGAACUUGUUCUGUGGAAGAGAGGAAUAUGCUCUUCAGUACUGCAGACAGACAUGUGGAAAAUGUAGUAACAAGCCAGUUGAUGUACAGUUAAACAAAUGCGGAGAUCCCGUUACUAGUGAACUGGUUUGUGAACUUUUACAGACGGAAAUAUGCAUUUGUAAUGACCCGGAUGUUCGAGCACUCUGUGGAAGAUAUUGCGACAAUAAAUGCACGGACCAUCCAUAUCUUGGUUCUGACUGCAUACCUGCUAGGCGGAAGAGAAGGGACGCAUUUCUCAGUCAAGUUAUGCUUCACUGAAAUUGUGUAAUUAUUGUAAUCUAUUUGGUAAAAGAUAUUUCCAAGCUAUGAUAA